AUGAAUACUACUGCCCAGCAUGCCGUAAACUACAAUGACACUCUACGCAAAAUAUCCAACAGCCUAGAGAAUGCCCUUGACACAUUCGGUCCGUCCUCCAGGCAAUAUCAAACCAUCCUAGGCAUGCUAAAGGAAUGCCUCCACGAUAUCGAGAAUGAGCGCCACGUUCAAAACAAUGCUCAGGUGGUUGAUGCCGACAUGCUGAGUCUCGCUAUGGGAUUCCUCGACAUCGGAAAAUAG